GCUACUCAGGAAUCCAGGAUCUGGCCCACAGGAAGGACUACGUCAUGGCUCUGUCUCCUGUCAGCCUCAACAAGGACAAACAUUUCCGCUCCAGGCCCAGAGCUAGGGUGUGGCUUGGAGGACUUCCUCAGUUCUGGGCUGAGUGCGGGGGAGGGGAGUCCUAUUGGCUCAGCUGGCCAGAGCCAGGCCUGACAGGGUGGUGACUGAGGGUGACCCUCCUAACCCUUGCAGGCCACACCUCUUGCAUGCCCAGUACCUAGAUGGUCCCCACCACCACCAGUGGUGUCACAUUACAGAGAUACCAGAAGCUAUGAUGCCUGUCAGCUGACACUGCCUCACCUAAGCUUCCCCACCAGGGACAGGACUCCUCUCCCAAACAAGCCAGGUCUUGGCCCUGAGAAGUAUCCACUGGAGUGAGGUUUCUCUGUAUCGAGGGGAUUCCUAAGCCUGGCUAACCUGAUCCUGUGGGGAGGGGAGCCUGGACAGAGGAAACAAUGCCUGGAACCCUAGCCAGCAGCAUGGAACCCAGUCUCCCACCACCCUUCCGCUCUCUGUGGCCUCCCCACAAGCAGCUGAGGCAGGGAGGCAGGAGCUGGAGUGCUAGGACUCUGGGGCUCUGCUUAGGGGCCCUCCAAGGCCAAAGUUUUCCCCGGGCUGCAGGGAGCUGGGCGGGGCCUCCUCUCAGGCCAGGCUCCAGUUUCCAUGGAAACCCACCCCAGCGGCUGCCUGGGCAGCUCCCAGCCAGGGCUCAGCCAGCAUCAGCCUCUACCCGCUGGAGCCUCGGCCUCUGCCGGCCCCUCCCUAUCCCUGAACCUCAGGCAUCUGAAGGCUUCUGGAACCCCGGCCCUUGGCACUCCAUCCCUAAACUUAGCAAAUUGGCCUCCCAAGCUGCUGCCCCUCCCUGUGGCUUUCCUAGUCUGGCCAGCUCUAAGCCUCCCGCAGACAGACAUCGGCCCAGGCCAGGCCACCGCGUUCCCCCUUCCCCAGCACCCCCAUGGAGACCCUGGGACUGCUUGUGCGCGGGGAGCCUGCACCCUUUUCCACAGCACUCCGGAGUCUCAUCAACAACCCCCGAUACAGUGAUGUUCGCUUUGUGGUUGGUCAAGAACAGCAGGAGGUAUUUGCCCACCGGUGCUUAUUGGCCUGUAGAUGCAACUUCUUCCAGCGACUUCUGGGCACAGAGCCAGGCCCCGGGGUGGCUAGUCCUGUGGUGCUGAGCACUGUGCCAGCUGAGGCCUUCCUGGCAGUGCUGGAGUUCCUGUAUACCAACAGCGUCAAGCUGCACCGCCACUCUGUGCUGGAGGUGCUGACGGCGGCAGUGGAGUAUGGGCUGGAGGAACUGCGAGAGCUGUGCCUGGAGUUUGUGGUGAAGGUGCUGGAUGUGGAGUUGGUUUGUGAGGCCCUGCAGGUGGCCGUAACCUUUGGCCUGGGGCCACUGCAGGAGCGUUGCAUAGCCUUCAUAGAGGCCCAUAGCCAGGAGGUCCUUAGGACUCGCGGCUUCCUGGAGCUGUCGGCUGCCGCGCUGCUGCCCCUGCUGCGUAGCGACAAGCUCUGUGUGGACGAAGCUGAGCUGGUCCGGGCAGCUCGGAGCUGGGCGCGCGUGGGCGCGGCGGUGCUGGAGCGACCUGUGGCCGAGGUGGCAGCCCCGGUGGUGCGAGAGCUGAGACUGGCCUUGUUGGCCCCGGCAGAGCUGAGCGCCCUGGAAGAACAGAAUCGUCUGGAGCCGCUGAUCCCGGUGGAGCAGAUCGUGGAGGCGUGGAAGUGCCACGCCCUGCGGAGAAGGGAUGCGGCCCGGAGCGCUCCGUGCCGUCGCCGGAGGGGCACUCUGCCCCGGGAACACCACCGCUUUCUGGACCUGUCCUUCAAGUGACCCAAUGCCAGAACCUGCGAGGAAGCCUGGCCCGGCGGGGCUGUCCCGAACUACAGCUCCCGACACGCUCGGCGCUUGGCGUGACUUCCGCUCCCGGCAUGCCCGGUGAACUACUAAACCGGAAGGACCGCCUCUGCCCGGCGCAGCGCCCUGUGCGUGGGGCGUGCUGGGGCGCGUGUGCUGACGUGGCGAAGCUGGGAACUGACGGUUUCUUUCUCCUUCAGAGUGGCCCCUGGGCAAUGCCGCUUGCUGGUCAACAGCGGCCCCAUAUAUAUUUGCAACUCAGCCCUUCCUUUAAUUAACCGCCCUGGAGAUCUCGGCCUGGAUGGCCGCAGACACCCGGGGCUCCGGGCAAAGGCGGGCUCCCGAUCUUUCCCAGUUCGUCCCGGGUAGUGUUUCUCAUUUCUGCGGGUGUCCACGCCAGGAACCUGGGUCUCUGCCUUGCCUUAUCCCUCUUUCUCACGCCUGUCUCCGGUUGCUUCUACCUUUUUUUUUUUUUUUUAAAUUCAUGAUAGAGCGCAUGUGCGUGGGGAGAAAGGGCGCACCCUCCACAGAUCUACCACGGGGUUUGGUCACGCGAUCCCUUCGGUUCUCCAGCUCGUGGGAUCGUGGGCAACCUCGGGAUUGUCAGGCAUGUGGGGAUUGGAACUUCGGUGGCCCCGUGCGGUGAUGUGUUUUUUUGUUUGAUUUUGUUUUGCUAGGUGUGGCAUGUGAGCUAGGCAUAAGGAGAGAGAAAAUGAGAAAGCACCCCCGCCGUGGGGGAUGGUGACACCACAAUCCUUUCUCCUAUAUUUUUCUGUUUAAGUUUUGGAGGUUUUUUUGCUAGUGCACUUGUGGGAGAGACAGUGAGAAAUCCCCCGGAGGAUGGCCAUGCUGCAAUCCCUUCACCUCCUCUCCGGAUUUUAGGCACCGACGCACUCCUGUCCCUCCAGUGUUUCAAGGCGCCAGGUCUGAGACUCGAACUGGGGUCGACUACAUGGGAGUACAGCGAUGUAACCACUACGCCAUCUGCUGAUCUUGAGAUUUUGGACAUACGUGCACAUGUGCCCAAAGCACCUGGUUUUUGUGGGAUCCUGAUGCCUUCACCACCGCCUGGCCAGCUGCCCCUUCCGGCCUCCCUGGCCCUUUUUAAUUGGCAGAGGAUGCUGCUGGUGGGGGCGGUGUGUGUGUGUGU